AUGUCCAUCGAAGUUCCUCAAGAAGACCUGUGUUCUAUAGAAAGAUUGAAUCAUGACCAGUCUGCAGCUUUCAGGUGCAUUAUGAAUACAAUUGAUCGAAGAGAAAGUGGAGUGUUCUUCGUGGAUGGACCAGGAGGAGCAGGUAAGACAUUUCUUUACAGAGCUAUAAUUGCAGACUUAAGAAGUAAAGGGCAUAUUGUCUUGGUAACUGCGUCUUCAGGAAUAGCUGCAACUUUACUGCCUGGUGGUCGAACAGCUCAUUCUAGAUUUAAGAUUCCAAUCAAUGCAGAACCAUCCUCCACGUGCAAUACAAGUAAACAAUCUGAUCUUGCAAAACUGAUUAGGCAGACGACCGCGAUAAUUUGGGAUGAAGCGCCAAUGACUAAUAAAGAGACAAUGAAAUCACUGGACCGCACAUUACGAGAUAUCUUAGAAAACAAUAAUCCAUUUGGAGGGAAGGUGAUGGUUAUGGGAGGGGAUUUUCGCCAAGUACUACCUGUUGUGCCGAAAGGAAGUAAGUCGCAAAUGAUUUCAGCUUCUAUUGUUAAAUCACAUUUAUGGGCAUUCACCAAAAUUCUCCACCUGCGACAAAAUAUGCGAUCUCUUAAUGAUCGUGAUUUUGCGGAGUAUCUUAUGCGCAUAGGGGAUGGGAUUGAGCCUACCAUAUGUGAAGACUUGGUACAAAUAGAAGUAGGCAUGGCAAUACCAUGGGAAGGUGAGGCAUCAUUACACAAAUUAAUAGAAGAAACCUUUCCAAAUUUGCAAUCUCAUGGGUGGGAUGCAUCUUAUAUGGUGGAGAGAGCGAUAUUGACACCCAAGAAUCAUGAUGUGCAACAGCUUAAUGAUAUAGUCAUCAACCAAUUUCCGGGAGACGAACGAAUUUUAGCAUCCUUUGAUGAAGUAGAAGGAGAUACAAAUAAUCUGUAUCAACAAGAAUAUCUUAACUCGAUCUCUACAGGUGGAUUGCCACCUCAUAUGUUGAAGGUAAAAAAAAGUGCUCCUCUGAUGUUACUGAGAAACAUAGAUCCUAAGGCAGGCUUAUGCAAUGGCACAAGGCUACUGUGUCGAGGAACUUUUCAAAAUAUGUUAGACAAAAAGAGCUUUUCUGCCUCGGAUAAAACAUUUAUUAGAAAACAAUUUCCUGUAAGGUUGAGUUUUGCCUUAACGAUAAAUAAAUAA